AUGAUUAUUCUUGAUAAUAAGACUGGAAAUAUAGUUUUUGCAUCAAAUAAAGAUGUAGGUCUAGCACCUGCAUCUACUUUAAAAACAAUAACUGGUGCAGCUGCUUUACAUUACUUAGGUUCUGAUUAUCGAUAUGAAACAUUAUUACAAUAUUCUGGUAUACUUGAUGAUUAUGGAACUUUAGAUGGAUAUAUUUAUAUUGUUGGUGGUGGUGAUCCAACAUUAGGAAGUUCGAGAUGGAAUGAAACGAAUGGGGAUACUAUUAUGGAUCGAUGGGCAUAUUUAAUUAAUGAUGUAGGUAUCAAAGAAUGUCGAGGAAUAGUUGCUGAUGUUAGCGUAUGGUCAGAUGACACACAAACUAUUCCAGAUGGAUAUCUAUGGGGAGAUAUUGGAAAUUAUUAUGGAACAGGCAGUAGUGUAUUAAACUGGCGUGAAAAUCAAUUUCGUCUUAUUCUUUCACCUGGAGAUGCUGUUGGUAAACCUGUUACUCUUGUAGCUUUAGUUCAUCCACCAUCAUCUUUAACUAUUAUUAAUGAAGCAACUACUGGCCCACUAGGUAGUGGAGAUCGUACUAAUAUGUAUUUAGCUUUAGAUGAUAAUCAUGGGUACUUACGUGGUUCAUUAGCAAUUGAUUUAGGAAAAAAAUUUUCUAUUGGUGGUGCUGUAGCGAAUUCAGCAUUGUAUGUUGCAGAUGAACUUCGUCAAAAAAUGCGUUGGUCUACUGAUACUACCGAUUUGAUCAUACUCAAAACAAAGGAAUCUAUCAAUACUGCAUCAGAUCGAUCUACACUUGAUGUUCAUCAUUCACCACCAAUGAGUGAUAUUCUCUAUUGGUUCGAACAGGAUAGUAUUAAUCUAUACGGUGAAAUUAUUAUUAAAACAAUUGGACAUAAAAUCAAUUCUAGUGCUAAUACAAUUCUACCAACAUAUUGUCAAAAUGAACAUGGAAUUGAACAAACAGCAGUAGCUACUAUCGACGGAUCAGGUUUAUCACCUGAAAAUCGUGUUACAACAUGGACAUUAGCACGUGUCCUAUUCGAUGUACAACGAUCAUCAUGGUUUCCUAUAUAUCAAUCAGCAUUACCAAUUAUUAAUGGAAUUCGUAUGAAGAGUGGUUAUAUUAAAAAUGUAUUAUCAUAUGCUGGUUAUGUUAAUAAAUAUGUUUUUUCAAUUAUUAUUAAUAAUUUCAAUGGUGAUACAAAUGUCAUGCGUCAAAAAAUUUGGAAUCUUCUUGAUACACUAAAAUAA